AUACAGUUAAAGAACGUAAAUAACUCAAACUUAGCACGCACUAAUAUACAGUCAUUUUAUUAUUUUUUCUUGCAAAUAUCAAAACAGUUCUCUCCUGAAUUUCAUAACAUCUUAACCUUUUGGAUCAUUUGUUGAAGAUGUCGAGUAGCGUUUUUCGGGUACUGUCUACCUUAACAUCAUUAAGAUGCUUAUCUGCAUUACCUGCAAUCAAUCGAGUAUUUAAUAGUUCUAUAUCAUCAAAAUAUCCAAUUUCAGCUUUGAAUUACAAGUUUCGUGAGUAUAAUAAUUGAAAGAUAAUGAAAUUGACUUUUUUUUGUGACUCGAUAAGAUAUCAGAAGUCAUAUGAAAUAUAUCAUUUUCUAAUAAGUUCAUACGGUUGACAAACUUCGAGGCCCAAAGUUCAAGUGAAAAUGGUAACUGAAAAUAUUCACAUUCCAGUGAUCCGUGAAAAUUCUAUUAAUGCUGGAUCUAAUGAUGUAAUUGACUUGACUAAAUUCGUUACUUAUGAGGAAAUAAAGGAACUUCCCAGUUAUCCAGCAAAAAUGUUAAUUGAUGUUAGAGAGCCAAAGGAAUUGGAAGAAACAGGACGAAUCCCUACAUCAAUAAAUAUCCCACUGAAAGUGGUUACAGAAACACUUGAGCUUUCUACCCACGAGUUUGUUAAUAGAUUCCGGCGAUUGAAACCUACUAUUUGGACUGAAGUUAUUUUUACAUGUCGAUCUGGUAAACGUGCUGAAGAUGCCUGUGAAAUGGCUAGAAAUUUAGGAUUUAAAAAUGUGAAGAACUAUAAAGGAUCUUGGAUGGAAUGGGCCGAAAAGGAAGGUCUUAAGAAGUAAAUUCCACUGCCUUAAAAAUAGAAAUGUGUACAACCAGUAGCAAAUAAAUAAAUACAUUUUCAUUGCAUUUUAAAAUCA